ACACGAACAACAAAAAUGGAGAGCGCACUCGCUGUAGCCGAAGGACGCUAAAUUUAGGGAACUUUUCUCAAAAUAUCUCCACAGAAUCUCGUGUAUUAAACUCGGACGAAGCUCUAGAAUUAUAUUGAAUCAAAUCUACCGGUAUUUUGAGAGUUGUCUUCGUAAAGAGCGUCGGAUCUUAUAAACUAACCGGUUUCUUGGAUACGACAAAAGAGUACACAGGCUUCGUUAGCUGUUAGCUCAAACGCUAGCGUUUAGGUUUCACCCUCAUGGUACUUGGAUUAUAAACUUGAGAAACCGAGAUCAACAUGGACAAGGCAGACUUCUUAAAAGGACUCCCAGUCUAUAACAAGAACAACUUCAGCAGAUUCCACGCUGACUCAGUUUGUAAAGCAUCAAACCGGAGGCCGUCAGUGUAUCUUCCAACCCGAGAAUACCCUUCAGAACAAAUCAUCGUCACAGAGAAGACAAACAUCUUGUUGCGGUAUCUGCACCAACAGUGGGACAAAAAGAAUACAGCCAAGAAACGGGAGCAGGAGCCGGCCGAGGGUGAGAACACGGCACCUCCUCGUAAAAUGGCGCGCACAGACAGUCGAGAGCUGGGCGAGGAUUCAUGAACUGAGCCAACACCAGGCACAACCCACAAUGCACCUGUGUCAGGGCUGAUUAAAGCACAUGGAAGCACAGCCCUCUGCCACAGAACUACAGUGUUGUUCUGUUACCGUGGAAACGUUUAUGUUUUUCAAUCGCAGAAUCUCCUUUACCGUCAAACAUAAAUUUUACGUACACUUAA